AUGGAAAGAGAAGCAGGCCAUGAUAGGAGCACCCAGGAUGCAGAGCAACCUGCUCCAGAGUCCUUCGAUCAGAAGAGUGCGCGUCAAGAGGUUGGAAGAGUGAUCAGUACGAAUUUUGCAGUUCUACUGGUGGGGAUGAAUGACGCUGCCACAGGGGUCCUAAUCCCCUAUAUCCAACCAACGUACCAGAUCAACCUUCUCCAGGUUUCCUUCAUCUACCUGGCUAACUUCACCGGAUAUGUCUGCGCCUGCUUCUCCAACAUCCAUGUCUGUGCCCGCAUAGGAACCGGCGGUACCCUUGUCCUAGGUGCCCUCAUCCAAUGCCUUGGAUACUCAUUCAUGUUCUGGCAUCCGCCUGUCCUUCUUUUCGUGGCUGCUUUCUUCUUCACCGGGAUGGGGGUCGCCUACCAGGACGCGCAGGCUAACACCUUCACCAUCACAAUCAAUAACGCCCAUCGUUGGCUGGGUAUCCUGCACGCUGUAUACGGAACUGGCACUAUACUUGCGCCGUUGAUUGCCAACACGAUCGCUUCGCGCUCUCCUUCCUGGCAUCUGUAUUACAUGGUCACCCUGGGGCUGGGUAUCGUUAAUGUUGCCUCGUUGGCGUGGACAUUCCGACGGAGUCUGUUCAAGCCAAAUGUGUCGACUGCCAAAGACACGGCGGCAAGCGAGUUCAAGGCAGUGAUGAAAAACCGGGCAGUGUGGAUCCUGAACGGGUUCUUUUUCCUGUAUGCUGGGGUAGAGGUGGGGUUAGGUGGAUGGCUUGUUCAAUUCCUCGUAUCUGUGCGACACGGCGAUCCCAAAAAAGUGGGCUACGUUGCCUCGGGUUUCUGGACAGGAUUCACUUUGGGUCGUGUGAUUCUGGCAGAUAUUACGCACAAUCUUGGGGAGCGACGCAUGGUUUUCAUAUAUACCGCGCUGGCGGUGUUCAUGCAGCUAGUAUUCUGGUUGACCCCAAGCAUUAUUGCGAAUGCCGUGGCGGUUUGCUUGUUAGGUUUCUUCAUUGGCCCGUUCUAUCCUGUCGGGCUGUAUGUUCUCACGGAGGUGAUCCCGCAAGAGCUCCACGUUGGGGCAAUUGGCUUUACAGCCAGUCUGGGUCAAGCCGGAGCUGCUGCGUUCCCUUUUAUGACAGGAGCUAUAGCUUCGAAGGCGGGGGUUCAAGUCUUGCAGCCCAUUAUGGUUGCCUUGCUUCUUGGGAUCGGACUUCUAUGGGCUCUGGUCCCUAGAAAGCGAUCGAUCAUGCUUGAAUGA